AUGAACUGGAAACCCAAUCCUAAACAGGAAUCAAGGGAUAUCUAUCUAUCUAUCUAUCUAUCUAUCUAUCUAUCUAUCUAUCUAUGUCUCUACAUUGUAUAUCUAUCUAUCUAUCUAUCUAUCUAUCUAUCUAUCUAUCUAUCUAUCUAUCUAUCUAUGUCUCUACAUUGUAUAUCUAUUCAUCUAUCUAUCUAUCUAUCUAUCUAUCUAUCUAUCUAUCUAUCUAUCUGUCUUAAAUACUAUCUAUCUAUCUAUCUAUCUAUCUAUCUUAGUCCACACAUAUCUAUUUCUCAUCUGUUCAUCUAUCUAUCUAUCUAUCUAUCUAUCUAUCUAUCUAUCUAUCUAUCUAUCUUUGCCAUCCAGUUCAUUAUCUAUCUGUCUAUUUAUCUAGCUAUCUGUCUAUCUUAUCUAUUCAUAUCUAUCUAUCUAUCUAUCUAUCUAUCUAUCUAUCUAUCUAUCUAUCUAUCUAUCUAUUUAUAUCCUCUAUUCAUAUCUAUCUAUCUAUCUAUCUAUCUAUCUAUAUAUAUAUAUAUAUAUAUAUCAGUCUAUUCAUAUCUAUCUAUCUCAGUCUAUUCAUAUCUAUCUAUCUAUCUAUCUAUAUCCUCUAUUCAUAUCUAUCUAUCUAUCUAUCUAUCUAUUUAUAUCCGUCUGUUCAUAUUUAUCUAUUUUCUAUUCAUAUAUGUCAAUCUUUCACAGUCUAUUCAUAUCUAUCUAUCUAUCUAUCUAUCUAUCUAUAUAUAUAUAUAUAUCUAUAUAUAUAUAUAUAUAUAUCAGUCUAUUCAUAUCUAUCUAUCUCAGUCUAUUCAUAUCUAUCUAUCUAUCUAUCUAUCUAUCUAUCUAUAUCCGUCUAUCGAAUUGAUGUUCGGCUCAGCAAAUAAAGUGCGUCUUAUACGAUGGUUGAAACUUUUCUUUCUCUGCAAAUUCUUGUCAUUCUUACUUUACUGCAACUCGAAGUUCAUUUUUUGUUUUUAA